CCGUGAGCACUGGGGUGUGGCUCACUCACUCACGCGCAUAGUUUUUCCAAGUGAGCUUCAACUGUCUUCUUCUCCUCCUCACUUCGCUCUCUGCUGGUCUGUCUGUCCGUCCUCCGAGCUCCAUUUCACAGCUGCGGCUCAUCGAUCUGCACUUUUUUCCUUUCGUUGGAAAAACAAACUUAAAAGACUGUCAAAAUGGCCAGCAGAGGAACCGUAAAACCCAGCACAAAUUUCAACGCCAGUGCGGACGCAGAGGUCCUGCACAAGGCCAUGAAAGGCCUGGGGACCAACGAGGAUGCCAUCUUGCAGCUGGUCACGGCUCGCAGCAACGCCCAGAGGCAGGAGAUCAAGGCCAGCUACAAAACUCUGUAUGGCAAGGACCUGAUAGGUGACCUGAAAGGAGAGCUGGGCGGGAAAUUUGAGACGCUGAUUGUGGCUCUGAUGACUUCACCCACUACUUAUGAUGUGACAUCACUUCGCAAUGCAAUCAAGGGGGCAGGGACAGAUGAGAAAGUGCUGGUGGAGAUCCUUGCCUCCAGAACAUCUCAGCAGGUGAAGCAAAUCGUCGCUGCCUACAAACAGGAGUAUGAUCACGACCUGGAGAAAGAUAUAACGGGUGACACUUCAGGUCACUUCCAGAGACUUCUGGUUAUUCUUCUUCAGGCAAACAGGCAGACGGGGAUCCAGGCGGAAAGCAUCGAGAGUGACGCUCAGGCCCUGUUCAAGGCAGGAGAGCAGAAGUUUGGCACUGAUGAACAAUCUUUUGUUACCAUCCUGGGUAACCGGAGUGCAGAACACCUCAGGAAAGUAUUCGACGCUUACAUGAAGCUGUCUGGAUAUGAGAUUGAGGAGAGUAUCAAGAGAGAAACAUCUGGAAACCUGAAGGACCUCCUCCUUGCCGUUGUGAAGUGUGCCAGAAGUGUUCCUGCCUACUUUGCUGAAACCCUGUACUACGCCAUGAAGGGUUCAGGCACUGACGAUAACACCCUGAUCAGAGUGAUGGUGACUCGCAGUGAGGCGGACCUGUUGGACAUCAGAGCUCAGUUCAGGAGGCUGUUCGCUUGCUCUCUGCAUUCGAUGAUCAAGGGAGACACCAGCGGUGACUACCGUAAGGCAUUACUUGCGCUCUGUGGCGGUGAUGAUGCGUAAUCAUGGCAACAAUCACUAACGGCAACCACACCUGAAGUGCCUUCUUGGCCGUCGGCUCAGUGAAACAACAAGCUAACCACAAGAAACUCGAAGUCUUGGUUCCUCUCAGCAAAGCUGUGUUGUGUUGGAGAGAAAACAACUGAGGUCUUUUUAAACUAUGAUUCCAAUCUGUGUCUUUGAAAGGUAGCUAACAUUUUGUCAACAUUAAUGCAGCUUUUAUCCGCUAAUAUCUUCACUAUACAAUGAAAUAUUAUGCUGAAGUGUCAGACUUCAAUUGUCUAGUUUGCACUUUGUAUGGGAGAACAUGUAUAUCCAAUAAUAAAUGCUUAAUUUGAUGAAG